AUGGAUUCGCCAUCAACAGAUAGUAGUAAUCGGAAGAAACGUGGUAAAGAGAAGGGUGCUAGAAAAAGGGUCGGACGUAAAAUAGAUGGUAUAAUUUACAACAUUGGAAAAAAUCUUGAAUUAGUUGAGGAAAGUGAUCUAUUAGAAGAAUCGUGA